CCCUCGCACUCUCGUUGAGAUUGAGAGGGAGGAGAAGAAACGAAUCUCAUCUAUAUCUCCUCCUCCUCCUCUGGAACCGUCUCCCCCAUUCCAUUCCAAAAUCCACUACUCGCCUCGCCGCCGGCCAUUAGCAGCAGCUCUCGGCCCCCCUCCCAUGGUUUCAUUUGGGUUCCAAUCAAGGCCUAUCUAGAGGGCAACCAUGGCCACUGUUUCUGACAUCGGCCUCUCUGCGACCAUCAACGUAUUGACCGCCGUUGCGUUCUUGCUGCUCUUUGCUUUCCUACGAUUACAGCCUAUCAACGACAGGGUCUACUUUCCAAAAUGGUACCUCAGGGGAAUGAGAGACAGCCCUGUUUCCUCUGGUGUCGCUGUGCAAAAGGUUGUCAACUUAAACAUGAGAUCGUAUUUGAAAUUUUUAAGUUGGAUGCCGGCUGCUCUCAGGAUGCCAGAGGAUGAAUUGAUCAAUCAUGCAGGCCUUGAUUCUGCUGUCUAUCUACGGAUAUACCUAACAGGGCUCAAGAUAUUCGUUCCAAUUACAAUUUUAGCUUCGGUUGUUCUGUUCCCUGUGAACUGGACAAAUGACACCCUAGAAAGCAUGAAGGUGGUCCACAGUAGAAUUGACAGACUUUCAAUAUCCAACAUACCUUACGGAUCAAAGAGGUUUAUAACUCACUUGGUUAUGGCUUAUGCUUUCACAUUUUGGACCUGCUAUGUAUUGUUGCGAGAGUAUGAAAUAAUUACAACCAUGAGAUUGCGCUUUCUUGCUUCAGAGAAACGGCGACCAGACCAAUUUACUGUUCUUGUGCGGAAUAUACCUCCAGAUCCUGACGAAUCAAUUAGUGAGCUUGUGGAGCAUUUCUUCCUUGUCAAUCAUCCUGAUCAUUAUCUAAGACACCAGGUGGUUUACAAUGCAAAUAAACUUGCUGACUUGGUUGAUAAGAAGAAGAAAAUGCGGAAUUGGCUUGAUUACUACCAGCUCAAGUAUGAAAGAAAUCAAUCAAAAAGGCCCACCACUAAGACUGGCUUUCUUGGCUGUUUUGGUUCCGAGGUGGAUGCCAUUGAAUAUUACAAAACAGAGAUUGAGAAGAUUGGAAAGGAAGAAGCUGCUGAGCGUAAAAAAAUCAUAAAGGAUCCCAAAUCAGUUGUUCCAGCAGCCUUUGUUUCGUUCCGUUCACGAUGGGGAGCGGCUGUUUGUGCUCAGACACAGCAAACCAGUAAUCCAACUGUCUGGUUGACUGAAUGGGCUCCAGAACCUCGUGAUGUUUACUGGAAUAAUCUAUCCAUUCCAUUUGUGUCCCUCACAGUUCGGAGGUUGAUAAUUGCUGUGGCAUUCUUCUUCCUCAACUUUUUUUAUAUUAUUCCAAUAGCAUUUGUACAAUCUCUUGCAAGCCUUGAAGGAAUAGAAAAGGCGCUUCCAUUUCUGAAACCCUUAAUUGAUAUUCCUUCCAUCAAAUCAUUUAUCCAAGGAUUUCUUCCAGGAAUUGCUUUGAAGGUCUUCCUUAUAUUGCUUCCAACUAUACUGAUGUUUAUGUCUAAGUUUGAGGGAUUAAUAUCACAGUCAUCCCUGGAGCGAAGAACUGCAGCUAAAUAUUAUAUCUUCUUGUUCUUCAAUGUAUUUUUGGGAAGCAUCAUUACAGGAUCUGCUUUAGAGCAGCUUAAGGCGUACCUUCAUCAGUCAGCAAAUGAAAUACCGAGAACGAUCGGUGUAGCCAUUCCAAUGAGGGCCACUUUUUUCAUAACAUAUGUACUGGUUGACGGUUGGACUGGUAUAGCUGGUGAAAUACUGAGAUUGAAGGCACUUAUAUUCUUCCAUUUGAAGAACUUUUUCUUGGUGAAGACUGAAAAGGACAGAGAAGAGGCAAUGGAUCCUGGUAGUAUCUGUUUUGAUUCAUGUGAACCACGAAUACAGCUAUAUUUCUUACUAGGCCUUGUCUAUGCUGUGGUGACACCAUUAUUGCUUCCUUUCAUAUUGGUAUUCUUUGGGCUGGCAUAUGUUGUCUACCGCCACCAGAUAAUAAACGUCUACAAUCAACAAUAUGAGAGUGGCGCACAGUUUUGGCCUAGUGUGCAUGGGCGCAUAAUCGUAGCAUUGAUCGUAUCACAGCUACUUCUUAUUGGGCUGCUGAGCACAAAAGGUUUUGAGGAAUCGACACCGGUGCUUCUUGUUCUUCCUGUAUUGACGUUUUGGUUUUACAAGUACUGCAAGAACCGGUUUGAACCUGCAUUUGUGCGGAACCCACUACAGGAAGCGAUGAGGAAAGAUACGGUGGAACGGGCAAGGGAGCCAACCUUUGAUCUGAAAGCGUACCUGACGAACGCGUACCUGCACCCGGUGUUCAAAAGCAACGAGGAGGAGGAGAAGAUGUCCAUUUCUGAGGAUAUCGGGAUGGAGGAGGUGAUCGUGCCGACCAAGCGACAAUCGCGCCGGACCACUCCCGUCCAGAGCAAGUACGAAGGCUCUGACACGCUCUCUCUUCCUGAUACCACUACUACUGUACAUCAUGAACGAUAGCAGCAGCAGCUAUACCUACCGAGAAGAUGAAGAUCAGGGCGGCUUGGUGAUUCUAUAGUCUCACUGUACAGAUAUCAUCAUCUGAUGAUCAUACGUACGUACUACUUUACACCACGAGUAGUAGUGUAUGGGAUUGGAGAUUGAUUUCUCUUUUGGACUCCAACUGCAUUUCACAUAUGAAAAGUGCAUUUCCGGACAUGGCAUCUUUAUAUUCCUUCAAAGUUCAAACUGGUGUGGUGUGCUUGUGCAGAGGCCAAAAACUGUAGAAUCGCCUUGUCAUCUCAUAUUCUCACUCCUGUGGCCGUUGCAAAACCAAAGACGACGGCUGCAUCUCUCUCUCUCUCUCUCUCUCUCUCUCUUCUCUGCUAGUAUCAUCUAAAGUGUGUAUAUAUAUGUCUAUCUGUGUCCUUUUACUAAUCUCCGGGAUAGCAGAACCAACCCUUCUUUAUGUACACAGUAGUACAAAAGCCAUGGAGAUGCCGAGUCAUCACCAUACUACUGUAAUGCAAGUAUAUAUCUAUCUCUAUAUCAUUCCUCCUUUUUGUUGGUACUG